CACAAACGUAUGUGUCGAUUAAAUCGAAAAGGAAUUCAUAAAAUAAUUAAAAAAUAUGAAAUAAAAAAGGUUUUGUUAUAAAAUUGUACAGUGCUGCUGUAUUUCAUUAUAUUUCAAUUGUUUAUAAAAUUUAUUACUAAAUGAAAUUUCAAGCAAUAUUAAAAGGAAUUCGGUUGUCAAUUUAGUCGAUUAUUUGUGAAGGGCAAUAGUUGAACUUUGUCCAAUACUUAAAUUAAAUUGGAGUGGAAGUGACCUGUAUAAAUGAAUACCAUCUAUGUACCAUCAUUAUUACUACUAUCAAAAAACACUUUUUAAGUUUCUUGAUUUCUUAAUUUUUUAAAUUUUAUAAAUGUUCAAUAACAUUUUCGAAAAAAAUAUUUCCAACAUUCAAAUGAAUAUUAUAAUAUAUUUUUUGACUAAAAACAUUUAAAACAGAAAUAAAAGUUUAAUCGCAGGUUGAAUUUCAUUUAACAUAGCUUUUCAAUCUUCAUGUACACUAUGAAGUAGGUUUGCAUAAUAUUAGUAAGGGAAAUCACAGUCCAUGUAGAUUAUGUAACGUCAUUUGGAAGAAGUUUUAGGUUUGAUUCACACUAGCGAUCAGCGAUCAACUGUAUGAAUAGAUCACGAUUAGUCGUAAUCAAGGAUUUCUUUACUUUGUACUCUGAUUUAGUUCCAAUUUUUAUUGCUAUAUAAGUUUUCUACUAAAACCGCUCAAUUUGCUGUUUUCUCAAAUAAAUUCUAUUAAUUGCUUGUCAACCGUGAUUCUUUUUGACCGUCGACUGUUCAAAAUUUUCAGUUAAAUCAAAUCCAGUGAAGUUUGCCGCGGUCUUCGAUUGUCGGCAUAUCAGCUCGAUGACCAAUAAAUUUUGAUUUAACUUGAUCGUACCGUUCACUAUGAAUGCUUCGUUGGAUUACAUAUUAUUUACAUUGAUAAUAGUCAUGAUCGGCUAUGAUUUAACUUGAUUUGACUGAACCAUUGAUCGCUAGUGCAGAUCAGGUCUUAUUCUUAUUAUUACGUAUUUAGAGCUUAUUUAUAUGCAAUGUGUUUUUAUUAAAAAAAGUUUGUUCACAUCAUACAAUUUGUGGGAAUUAUUAGCCUGAUAUGUCUAUUCAAAGUUUAAAAUAAAAUGUCAAAAUAUUCGGAAAGGAUACAGGAGAUAUUAAAGAAUACAACUACUAAAAAAGUUACUGAUAAAAGAAAAUGUGUGAACGAAUUGCUUGAGUUAUAUGAAAAUAAAGAAGCUAUAAAUGAAAUAUGUAGAAAUACAGAACAAGAAAUACAAGGUGUCGUAAACUGGUCAUAUAUAAUACACGCAGUUCAUAAAAUUGUAUUAACCGAAACAGAUAGACAUGCUAGUAAGGAUUCGCACAGCAAGGUAGUAGUUACAGAUAGACAAAAUACAUGUACACUUGUGAGAAAAACAGUUCAAUGUGCAAAUUCUUAUAAAUUACCACUUUUGAAAUGCACAGAUGUAAUACCAUUAAUUUUACAAAUAUUGGGAACAAAUAUAUACGAAUACUAUCAUGAAACUUAUAUGGGUAUAUUGGUGUCUUAUAUACUUCCAUUUAGGACAUAUCAGGUGAAGAUAUUAUUUGAACAAUGGCAAGAGUUAUUAAAGAUAUGUAUUCCAUUAUAUAAGAAUGUAUCUUCACUUAUGAAUAAACGUACUGCUUUAGAAGCAUUACAAAUGAUCGCAUAUUAUGGUUGUUUACACUCGGAUCUUCUUCCAAACCUGAAGAAAAUAUUGCCAUUUUUAGAAACUGUGUUUCUUGAUGUGAAAACAGAUCAAGAAAUCCUAGCAGAAUCUGCUUAUAAACUUACAAAUACAGUAUGCCAACAAAUCGCAAUUGAAUGUAGAUAUAGUCUUUGCCAAUUUAGUGAAAGUAUUUUACCAAAUAUAAUUAGUUUAAAAAGUUCUGUGGAGAAGUAUAAACUUUUAUUACUUUUUAUUAAAAUCCACCACCCCAAAGGAACAUGUAAAGUUGAUGAUGGUGCUUAUGCUAAUAAUUGGGAAGAGUGGUAUGCGAUACUUAAAAGUAUAUACUUAAUGAUCAUGAAGGAUUUAAAACCAGAUGUACUACCUAAAAGUUUUAUUUGUCUUGCAAGUGAAGUUUUUAAACAAAUAUUAGAAAAUCCAGUCAUUGUUGAAAGGAAAUCUCUUGAUGUAUCUGACUGUGUACAAGCAGCAAAACGAAGAAGAAUUUCAAAUAAAAUGGAUGGAUUAAUUGAUAUUAUUACUGAUACUAACACUGAAGAAGCUUGGCCAAUAAUACAGAUAUUAGUAGUAUUACUGAAACAAUAUCCUACAUGUUUGAAAUCACAAGAUCUUGCAGAAUUCUUAAAAAUUUUAGUAGAUCUCCUUACACAAUCUUGCAAAGAAGAAAUUAUUAUGGAUAGUUUAUAUGAGUUAUGUGUUACUUUAUUAAAAAACGAAAAUAUAUUUUCUAUCACGGACAUAGAAAACUCAAACAUGUAUUGGGAUAAAAUAUGGGAUAUUUUAUUAAGGUCUUUGAACGUAAAUCAGAAUGAAAUAUCUACUCAUAAACUUACCCAACUUUUUAUAUUAAAUAAUAAAAUAACAAAUCCAAAUGCUCUCUUAAGACUUUAUCUUACAAAUGUUAUCAAAUGGUCACCUAUGAGUCUUCGUACAUUAAUAAUACUUUGUGAAUAUCUAUCAUUACCAUCUGACAUAACAAUGUUUAAUAUAAAUACAUGCUCGCCAACAAUGAAUUCAGAUUCUGUGAGAUUAUGCUUAUUAAAAUGGGCACUAAAUAUACCUUGGCAUAAAUUGGGCACACAAAUAAUGAUUGAUGAGUUAUGUUUAUUACUGAUUAGUAUUAUAUCAAAAUCGAAGUAUGAAAAGCAGAUCCAAUUUAAAGAACAAGAUAUUAACAAUUCAUGUAAUUGUUCAAAAAGUGUGGAAUGUUUGGAACCAUCUUAUGAGUACAUGGAAAAUUGUUACUUGCUAUUGGCAUAUAAAACGAAUUUGUUUGUUGAAAAAGAAAAACAUGAUAUUCAGGAGGAUAUAAAAUUAAAUGAACGUAUUUUAUAUAUGCAAGAUAUUGUCACUUCUUUGGAAAUUCAGUUGUGUGCUAUCCUAGAGGAAAGUAGUGGUAAUGAUGAUAUACACAUAAGAAUAAUGAAAAUUGCUAUUAUAGCAAAAGUAAUAUCAAUGAUGAAACAAUUCAAUAUAAUAAAUAAUAAUGAAACACCUCUUCAACAUACAAUGAAAACAAAUUUAGAUGUUAUUUAUACUUCAUUGGCAAAUAUAGAUCCAUCGAGAAGUAAAUAUAUCUAUCUUUGUAAUAUAACAAAAGCACUUAAUGUGUUGUAUGGAACAUCAUAUGAUGCAGAUGUAUCAAGGAUAAUUAUUUUAUCUUCAACAUUAGACAUGUUAAAACGUAUAUUUAGUUUAAUGAAUAUUGAAGAUAAUGAAAUUAUUGAUUACGAGCCACCUAAGGAUUAUUAUGAAGAUUAUAGUUCUUUUCAAAGCAGACGUAAAAUUUUAGAUAAAGAAAUAUUACACAAAAAACAGUGUAACUUUUGCAACAAAGGUACAAUCAAAAUACAAACAUCAAAGGCUUUAGCAUUAUUUUGUUGCAUUAACGUAGGAGAAGAAAAGUGUGACAUUCAAAUAAAACUCAUGAACAAUUUACUUGAAAUAGAUAUGUACGAUUUGUCUUGUACGGUGGAUUUUAAAAUGGCUGUUAUAGUUUUAGAAUCGCUAUCAAAGUAUGGCAGAAAAAAUUUAUUCAAAAAUCACAAAGAGAUACCAUUAAAAGAUAUAUUAACAUUAUAUCAGAAAUGUCGAAAAGAUGAAACAGCAGUUCGACAUAUAUUAAAUAUUUUACCGUAUUUUCUUAAAUAUGCUGUAGAUUAUAAUUUUAAUUUAGAUGGUGUAAUGAAUAUUAUUUUUGAACAGAAUAAUUGUCAAAAAAUAUAUGGUUUUCGUGUCAAUAUAGAAUUUACUAAAUGUCUUUUAAAAAUUAUUCAUAUCAGUCCUGGUCUUUUUUAUUAUACAGUACCUGAUAUACCUGAUCAGAUAAUGCCAAUGAUCGACAGCAUUGUUUCAUUGUUUACUAAUUCUUUGUUUAUUGUACAGUUUGAAUUAAUUAAAUGCGUACAAGAAAUAUAUCUUUCAAAAUAUAUUGAUUUUAAAUGGAAGAAGUUAUUAUUUACAAAAAUAGAAGAAUCAUUGAAUAAAUUAACUAUCAAUACAAAUAUUGAUGAAAAGGAAACCAAAAUAGCAAGUGCUUUACUAGUACUAGCAACGAUAAUAGUCUCCGAUGGUACAUUUCAGUGUCACGCUUUACAGACAAUGGUACAUUUUAUUAUAAACCAAAAACUAGAAAUUCAAAUAGUAGCAACAGCUUUAAAUACUAUAACGAACCAAAUAAAUUAUUCCAGUUUAAUGGAAGAUAAUUUAAGUUAUCUAGUAACCUGUUGGUAUAAUUCAAAAUAUUCAUCACAAUCAUUUCCUUGGAAAUUAAUACAAUGUAAUUCAGAACAACAAUUUCAUGAAAUACAUAUUAAUACACUUGCAUUUAUUAAAUUUCAAAAUUUUGAACUUUUAAGUGUUAAAUCACUUUGCAAUUAUGUAAAUUCAUCAUUUCAACAAAUUAUUGAAAACAUUUUUCCACAAAUAUUAUCAUGGUUAUUAUAUUGUAUUAACGAACAAGAUAACAGCACUAAACGAAAAUUAGCAACUAAAAUAUUUCAUAAGUUAAUAUCAAAUCAAGAUGAAUUUGUUGAAGUUAAAAAAUUCUCAAGUUUAUUUAAUGACAAAUUUGAAGAAACGUUAAUAUAUCUUAUUGAAAGAUUACAUGACGAGACGUAUCUUGAAAAAAUGUUAGGUGUACAAAUUUCAUUUGCAAUGUCGGAUCUUCCACAUUUUAAACAUGAAACAGUUAAUGCAUGCUUAAAAUAUAUGGAAGAAAACUUCUUUGCACAAGAAAUGUCUAUACAAUAUGUUUUAGCACAUAAUUGUCCAAAUAUAUUACAGAAAAUAUUGUUACAUUUAGUUAACAACAUUUAUAAAAAAAAAUUUGUAGCGCAUAAAGUAAAAGCCUUUCAUCAGUACAUGUUCUUUUGCAUACUAAUCGUUCAAGAAUUGAAGCAAAAGUACUUUGAUUCUCUUGCUAUGUAUGUAAUAAAAGACAUUGGUUACAGUUUGCUUUAUAUAAUUAAAGCACACAAUGAUAUUCUUCUUGAGAUAGCAAGUAAAUAUUUCUAUGAAUUUGUGAAAAACAUAUUGCCUAUAAGACCUGAAGAAAUUAAAGAAAUUUUAAGUUUUACUGUCACGACUCUGAUUCCCGUUGUACAAACAAAAAAGGUACCAGUAUCUUUGGAAAUACUUAACUUUUUAUUAAUCGAACAAAAAGAUAUACCAAGUGAUGCAAUACAAAAGUUAAAUUCGUUUCCAAAUGUUCCUGUUUUUCAAGAAAUUCGGAAUACGCAUAACGCAUUGAAGUAUAAAGCUGACAAAACAUAUAGUUUAGAGGAAGAAAUACAACAUUUCUUAAAUUCUUUAACUGACAAAAACAUAAAUUACAGUGUAGAAGAUGUUUUACAUUUACGACAACAGUUAUCAACUAGGAAAAAAGAACUCCAAGAAUUGUACAAUAAAUUUGAAACUUUGCAUGGGUUUGCUGAAGACUGUGCCUCAAGUAUAUUACAUCAAUUAGUGUAUAAACUUAUAAAAUUAACAGCAUCUUCGGAUCUAAAUGUUUCAAUUGAAGCAUCGAAAUGUUUAGGUGAGAUAGGUCCUAAUGAUUUAACAUCAAUGGUGCUGUAUUUAGAAAAAAGUCACGUUAAUGAAAGUUCUGACUUAUUAGAGAUACUAACGUAUAAAAUAAUAAUUAAAAUGAUAGAAUUAUUGUUUCAAAGCAACAUAGAACUCCGAUGUGUUAGCGCUGAUGUACUUCAUAUCGUAUUGUCAUCUUCUUGGGGACAAAAAUUGUUAAAUACAAAAUACAUACAACAUCUAAAAAGUGUUUUAGGUGAAACAGAGAUACUAUUACCUCGAAACUAUAUUCAACCAUUUAUAAUUAAUAAAAAUUCGAGAACAAAAAAAGUUACUAUAAAUAAUGUAAAAAUGAAUAAUAUUUUAAAUCCUCAGAAUAAUAUUUGGACACUUCAGACUAAUGAUUCAUAUACUAAUUGGGUUACAGAAAUAACUUGUAAAAUAGUAGAGUGUUUUGCAGGAUUCUAUUUUGAAAAUUUGCUUCCAAUUUGUAUGCUAAGUACUAAUGUUUGUGAAAUAAUAUUACCAAGAAUUAUUUUUCUUAUAAUUCGUAUAGACAAAAAAUUCACAGCUGCAGUAUGUUCUUGCAUAAAUGAAUUUUUUGACUAUCAUUUUAAUAACACAACAACAAAUGUAGUUUCUAUUGGAAUACAUAAAACAACAAAUUGUGACCAUCAAAUUGUUCAUUGUAUGUUAAAUAUUGUAAAUUAUAUCAGAGUACAAAUUGCCGAUAAUGCUUGUUUAAAGUUAAAUUAUAUGUAUAUUGCAAAAGCGGCACAAUAUUGUGCAGCUUUCUUUACUGCGAUACUGUAUGCAGAAAUGUCUUGUGAAAACAUCUUAAAUGAUUAUGAUACUAUUACUAACAUUUCCAAAAUUGAUCGUGUCUAUGAAUUGGUACCUGAACAAGGAAAAAUGAUACAAAAUAUACUUAGAGACACUUAUGCGAAAAUAGGUGAUUUUGAUGCUAUUCAUGGUACUGGAUCUUCACAUUUACAAGAACAUUCAACUCGUAUACAACAUUACGUUCAUACUCAUAAAUGGGAUAAAGUAAUACUUGCUCAAGAUGUUGAACUAUCUUUUGGAAAUAUGACGGUAAUCAAAGAAAUGACUAAUGGAUUACAUCAAUCUGGUUUUCAAUAUUUACUUAGCAAUUUAAUUUGUACCAUGUCUAAAAAUAAUGAAGAAAUCGAUGAAGAUAUUCAAUACGAAUGCUCUUGGCGGCUCAGUAAUUGGAACUUUUCUGAAAUAAAUCAGUCUUUAUACAUGAAAAAUGAUUAUAAAUUAAAGUCACAAAUAACUGAGUCUGAUUAUCAUUUUUAUCAUUAUCAAGCAUUAAAAUAUUUUCAUGAAGGUAAUGAAAUAGGUAUACAAAAUGCAAUUGAAAAUGCUCGCAUAAGUAUUAUUAAAGCACUUAGAAAUGUUAGCUUAGAAAGCAGUAAAACUAUAUAUGAAAAGUUAAUGCAGUUACAAUUGAUUCGUGAGAUUGAAGAAUUAAGUUUAGCAAAACCAGAUGAGUAUGAGAAACUAUUAAAGAAGUGGAAACAGCAAGAUAUAACGAAUUUCAAUGAAUUCCAAUAUAUAGAGCCUGUAUUAACUCAAAGAACUAUUAUGUAUCAAAUAAAUGACACUUUAGCUCUAAACAUGCAGUUAAAGGAUGCGCUCUUCAAUACAUAUUUAGAUAUAUCGAAAAUAGCAGCUGAUAAGGAAAAUUUGCAUAUUGCUACACGUUCUUUAGCUGUAUUAGCAAAACAAACGGACUUACCUCAGAAAAUUCAAGAUCAAUUACUUUAUCAAGAAUCUCUAUUAACACGUCUUAGAAAUGAUUUAAAAAUUGGACGAUUUCUUUUACGUAACUUAAUACAUAAAAAUACCUUAGAUAUAAAUUUACGAGCUCAAGUGUUGAGAGUUUAUGGAGACUGGAUGGCUGAAACGAAAUCUGAAAAUCCUCAGACUGUGAUAAAAAAUUAUUAUUUAAAGUCUAUAGAUAUAAGCACCUCUAUUGAUGAACAGACUGUUGAUAGUAUUAAGAAUUUACAUAAUACACAAGUAGCUUUAGCUCGAUUCGCUGAUGCUCAAUUUGAGCAAAUAUGUACAUAUAUGAAAUCUACACAAUUUGAAAGUUUGAAAGAAUGCGUUACAUACUCCACUGAAGGAGUUAACAUGCAUUCAAUUAGUAAAGACAAAGAUGUUAGAAGAGCAUUAAUUUUGAAUCAGAAACAACAUAUAAAUGAUGUUGCAGAGCUAGAGCACAUACAAAGAGAAAGAGAUAAUUAUUUAUCUUUAGCGCUGCAAUACUAUUUAUUAGUGUUACAACAAAGUGAGGAUUAUAAUUUAUUAAUAUUUAGAGUAGUAGCUCUCUGGUUAGACAACAUAAAACAGAAAGAAGUUAAUGAUCUGUUAAAUGCGAAUCUUAACAAAAUAUCGUCUUUUAAAUUUAUUCCACUUAUUCCACAAUUGGCGGCACAUAUAAACGAUGUUUUUGAUACCUUUUCUGAAAAGAUAUAUACAAUUAUGAAACAUUGUGCCCUAGAACAUCCUCACCAUACAUUACCUGUAUUAUUAGCAUUAAAAAAUUUAUAUGGUGAUUAUGAAUACAAUACGACUCAGAUGAAUAAAACAUUAGAACCAAGAGUACUUGGAGCCCGUAAAUUAUUACAUGAAUUAACUAAAUCAAAUAUAAGCACAAUUGUGCAUGAAAUGGAUAAAUUAUCACACUCUUUAGUUAUGUUGGCCAAUCUUACAACUUCUUCAAGUAAACCUGGUUCAAUAAUUAAUAUACCUAAAAAUCAAGAAAUUUUGAAAAUUAAAAAUUUCAUUAACGUGCUUGUUCCAACGUUAACGAUAAAUGUAAAAGCAUCUAGAAAUUACAAUAACGUAAUUGGAAUAUCUAAAUACGUGGAAACAUACGAGACUGUUGGAGGUUUAAAUACACCAAAAAAGAUAAUAUGCAUUGGUACUGAUGGAAUUUCAAGAUAUCAAUUAGUAAAGGGUAAAGAUGACUUACGACAAGAUGCUGUUAUGCAACAAGUUUUUAAUAUAAUGAAUAUACUACUGAAAGCUCAUAAAGAAACUAAACGAAGGAAGUUAAUGAUUAGGACAUAUAAGGUUGUACCAUUAACACAAAGAUCAGGGAUAUUAGAAUGGUGUAACAAUACGAUUCCUAUUAUAACUAUAUUAAUAGGGUCAAAUAAUGAUUCUGGUCUUCAUAAAAAAUACUAUCCAAAGGAUUAUACAGCAAAACUGUGCAAGGAGAAAUUAGCAGGUGUGGAAAAGUCAUCAACUGAUGUAAAAUUGAAGGUAUUUAUGGACUGCUGUGCAAAUAUGCAUCCAGUGUUGCAUCACUUCUUCACAGAAAAAUAUCCAUCUCCGGAAACAUGGUUCGAAAGAAGAUUAGCAUAUACUCGCAGUGUAGCAACAACAUCCAUAGCAGGAUACAUUUUGGGUUUAGGAGAUAGACAUUUUAAUAACAUUUUACUUGAUCAAGCAACUGCUGAAGUAAUUCAUAUUGACUUUGGUAUAGCAUUUGAACAAGGUAAGGUAUUACCAAUUCCUGAAACUAUUCCAUUUCGCCUCACACAAAAUAUUGAGGUCGCAAUGGGUGUAUCGGGAAUAGAAGGUACAAUGAGACAGUGCUGUGAAAAAACUUUAACUAUAUUACGUGAUCAACGACAAAUAAUUAUAACUUUACUUCAAGUAUUAUUGUAUGAUCCAUUGUUUACUUGGACUAUAACACCAGCUAAAGCACAUAACAUUCAAAGUGGUAAUUCUUUGAAACAAGUUGAAAUUAAUCAAGGUUCUAUAGGAACUAAUAAAACAGCGGAAAGAGCUUUGUUAAGAAUUGAACAAAAACUUCAAGGUACUGAAGAAGGUUUACCAUCAAGUAUUUUUGGUCAAGUGGAAAGACUUAUACAGCAAGCACGUGAUCCUGUUAAUCUUUCUCGCUUAUAUUACGGAUGGCAACCGUAUCUGUAAUACUUACAUUUUUUACAUUUAUCUUUUCUAUAAUUUUAUAUACAACAAUUGUAGAAGUUUUAAGAACUAAAUACUUUAUUUGAUAUUUUAUAUGAUUUAAGAGUAUUCAUAAAAAAACCAUUAUAACAUGAAAGCGUAUAUCAUUUUAGGAAUAGGUAAAUGUAAUAAGGUAAAUAUAACAUAUAAACUGAAACAGAAAGUAAAAGUGAAAUAUGUUUUUUUAUGUGAGUUUAUUUUUCUUGUAAUAUACAUAAUAUGUACAAACGCUUAAUGUUAAAUUUCAACUGAAGAAAUAUGUAGAAGACAAUACAUUAUUUAUAUCAAAAGAUCCUUUUGCCGGCACGUUUGUUAAGGUACGACGUAUUUGUUUUAAGUCUAAUUUCUGUUUUAGUUCUAUAUCCCUAAAAUAAUAAUAUAUUUAGAUUACUGUAUAAAUAUUAUUUAUAUUAGUCUCCUUAAGAGUUUUAUAAAUUUUUUAAUAAAUAAAAAUAUGUAUUUUUAACUAAGUAUUUAACUUUUUGUGACUAAGUAUUUAAAUUAUUAUCAUAUAGGAAAUAUGACUUCCAUUAAUUUUAUUAAAAAAAUUAAAACAAUAAAUGUUACUUACGUUGAUAUAUAACGGUUUACAAAAAAUGUCGCUAAAUUCUCAAGAAUAGGUUCAGUAUGAAGAGCAACAAACUGUUCUCUACAUAUCUGUAAUAAGAAUUUACUUUAUAUUAUAAAAUAUUAAGAAAGUAUGUGCGUAAUAUUUCUCCGUUUUAAUUACGUUUCCAUUACUUACUUUAUUCAUAAUAUCUACAGUAGAAGCAUGUGUCCAAAAGCAAUCAUGUACAGAGACAAAAGUAAUGCCUGCUUCUUUACUAUGUAAACUAGUAAGCAUCAUGUGGGUAGAAUCUAAGGAGUGUAUAAAAUUUGGCGCAAAUGCAUUCUUUUGCUUUAAUGUAUCAGGUACUCUAAAA